GCCAGCAAUUGCAACCAAAGAUGAAAUUUGAAGUCUCUCUCUUCCUUGCAUUAUUUCUUUCUCUAAAACUUUCACACGAAGCUCUGUUUCUUUUUUACUAUGCGUUCUUUUUGAAACGUGUAGAUAUUAUAACUUAUCUAUAUCUGAUCCUGUUUCUCUGUUGUAUUUGUUUAUGUGUUCAGCUCUCACCGUUGGAUCUUUCAGUUGCUUCAUUGGAUUUGCUUUCUGGGUAUUCAUCUUUUUGGGGCUUUGGAUUGAAACUUUGAUGCUUUCCAGAACUGAAAGAGCUGAUUUCAGUGUUUGGGUUUAAUCAUUGAAGCUUCUCUGGGUAAUGUGAAUUUGGUCAAAGGCUUAGCAUGGGGAGCUGGUAGUUGGAUUAAAGAUUAAACAUAUAAAAGAGAAAAAAAGCAGAUUGACUGGUAGAUAAUCCUGACUGACUUGAAAAACAACUUUUUUUUUGUCUUGUAAUUUGAUUUUUUAUAUAAGAAAACUCCCUUUUUUAAGCCAUGCCGGUCGACGUAUACAAUUCUUCCACCGUCUCCGGCGACGCUAGCGUCUCUUCCUCUGGUAACCAAAACCCACCUCCCAAAUUCACCGUCAAGAAGAAACGUAGCCUCCCUGGAAUGCCAGAUCCAGAUGCAGAGGUGAUUGCUUUAUCUCCAAAGACUCUCAUGGCCACGAACCGAUUCGUUUGUGAAAUUUGCAACAAAGGGUUUCAAAGGGACCAGAAUCUUCAGCUUCAUAGAAGAGGUCAUAAUUUACCAUGGAAGAUUAGGCAGAGAUCCAGUAAGGAGGUGAAGAAGAGAGUUUAUGUUUGUCCCGAGCCAACUUGUGUCCAUCACGAUCCUUCGAGAGCUUUAGGCGAUCUUACGGGAAUUAAGAAACAUUUCUGCAGAAAACAUGGAGAAAAAAAGUGGAAAUGCGAUAAAUGUUCUAAGAAAUACGCUGUUCAAUCCGAUUGGAAAGCUCACUCUAAGAUUUGUGGUACUCGAGAGUACAAAUGUGAUUGUGGAACCCUGUUUUCCAGGAGAGAUAGUUUCAUCACGCACAGAGCUUUUUGUGAUACGUUAGCUGAGGAGAGUGCUAAAGUUCAAACGGACCCCAGUUCAGAACCCGACCCGAAAGUCAUGGCUGUGGAGUCAUCACCACCACCGGCCCUUCAGCCUACACCGCCACCAGUGUCGGCUCCAGCGCCAUUAGAAGUACAGGUUUCAGCAUCAGCUCUGCCUCAGUCAACAAGUGCAAUGACUUCUUCAGUUAUGCCAAUUCAAAGUUCUGAGUUGGCCGAAGAUCCGAGUUCUGUCGUGGAAGAAGCUCCGCCUCCGGCUGGCUUAAAUGGAAGUUGUAGCGGUGGCGUCAGCUCAGUUAGCAAUGGUAGUAGCAGCAGCAGCAGCAGUGUAUUUGUAAGCUUAUUUGCAUCCUCUACUGCAUCUGUGAGCUUACAACCUCCGGCUUUCACCAGCUUAAUUCGAGCAAUGGGUCCACCUGAUUGUCCUGCUGACCUUGCUCCAUCUACAUCCAUUGAACCAAUUUCUCUCUGCCUCUCAACCAGCCAUGGCUCAUCGACAUUCGGAAAUGCAGGGCAAGAACGCCAGCAGUAUGUACCGCCCCAACAACCUGCUAUGUCGGCCACGGCAUUACUGCAGAAAGCUGCUCAGAUGGGAGCAGCAGCAAGUAAUGCAUCCUUGCUUCGUGGUCUCGGUGUGGUUUCAUCAUCUUCAUCAGCACCGCGGGAAAAUUUGCAAUGGGGUCAGAGACAAGUAGAGCCCAACAAUGCCUCAGUUGCAGCAGGGCUUGGAUUCGGGAUUCCUUGUGAUGGAAGUUCGGGAUUAAAGGAAUUGAUGAUGGGAACCCCUGUAUUCGGUCCAAAGCAAACUACACUUGAUUUUCUUGGAUUAGGGGUGGCCGCCAGUGGCAGCCCCAAUGGUGGCCUGUCUGCUCUAAUUACCUCUAUUGGAAGUGGACUUGACGUGGCUGCAGCGACAGCAUCGUCUGGAGGCGGAGAUUUCAAGGACAUCAAGGAGAUCAUGACUUGGGAAACUAUAAAUUGCACAGGCUACAGUGUUGCAGAAGAACACAAUGGUGAUAUAUAAUCUUAGAUAUAGAAUUGCCGUGGUGGAGGUUAGCAUCAAGCCAUAUCAAAGAGGCGGUUGGGGGUCCUUUUUUAUUCUACAGCCUCUACGGAAACGACUUCCUUGUAAUAUAAGGUAAAAUUCAAGAACCAGAUGUAAUAGGAUGCUGGAUGUAUAAAAGCUCGUUCUAGCUAGAAAAAUUUGGAAAAUAACAUCUCUGUAAAGGGACUUGGGGGUAAAUGGAGACAUUAGGACAUGUCUGUGUCUGUUUUAUCAAGCUUGGG